UUUUUUUUUUUUUUUUUUUUGUUUAAAUGUAUAACUUCAUGGGGCUGAACAGCACGGCCGUAGCUAUUCAGCCCAAUGUGUCCUGCACAUGCAACUGCAAAAGGUCUUUGUUCCAGAGCAUGGAGAUCAGCACUGAAUGUUUAGGUCGCACCUUUCCAGGUAAACUGGCGGAGUUGGAGUUUGUACAGAUAAUCAUAAUCGUGGUGGUGAUGAUGGUGAUGGUGGUGGUGAUCACGUGUCUGCUGAACCACUACAAACUCUCUGCGCGAUCCUUCAUCAGCCGGCACAGCCAGGGCAGGCGGCGAGACGAGAACCUCUCAUCAGAGGGAAGCCUGUGGCCUUCGGAAAGCACCGUGUCGGGGAACGGGAUAACAGAGCAAAUCUACACCCCGAGGCCCAGCGACCGCCUGGCAGUGCCAUCCUUCCUGCAGAGGGACCGCUUCAACCGGUUCCAGCCCACCUACCCCUACAUGCAGCACGAGAUCGACCUGCCGCCCACCAUCUCGCUGUCGGACGGCGAGGAGCCCCCCCCGUACCAGGGACCCUGCACGCUGCAGCUGCGCGACCCCGAGCAGCAGAUGGAGCUCAACAGAGAGUCGGUGCGGGCCCCCCCCAACAGAACCAUCUUCGACAGUGACUUGAUAGAUAACUCGGUGUACGGGGGGCCGUGCCCCCCCAGCAGUAACUCUGGCAUCAGCGCGACCUGCUAUGGCAGCAAUGGCAGGAUGGAGGGGCCGCCCCCGACCUACAGCGAGGUCAUCGGGCACUACCCGGGCUCCACGUUUUACCAGCACCAGCAGAACAACAACGGGAUGCCCCCCAUCUUGGAGGGCAGCAGACUCCAUCACUCACAGAUCAAUGGCCUUGAGAGCACAACGGCGUGGAACAAAGAGAAAGAGAAACAAAAAGGGCACCCCUUUUAAAAAAAAAAAAAAAAAAAAAAAAA